AUGGCAACAGACCAAAUCUCCAUCCUCUUCGUCUGCCUAGGAAACAUCUGCCGCUCCACAAUGGCCGAAGGCAUCUUCCGAUCCAUGGUCUCGAAACCACCCUACAAAGCCCUUGUCUCGGAAGUCGAUAGCUGUGGAACUGCAGCUUAUCAUACGGGAUCGAGUCCUGAUUCUCGAACCAUGUCAACGUUGGAGGAUAAUGGGAUUACGGACUAUGAGCAUGCGGCGAGGAAGAUUCACGUGUCGGAUUUCCAGAAGUUUGAUUAUAUUUUCGCUAUGGACCGCGACAAUCUUCGAGAUUUGCAGAGAGUCCAUGCAAGAGCGGGUGGCAAGGCUAAAGUCAUGUUGUUUGGAGAGCAUGCUGGGAAGAAGAAGGCUGAAGAGGUUCAAGAUCCUUAUUACGGGGCAAGGGACGGGUUCGAGAUUGCCUACGAGCAGUGUGUAAGAUUCUCUAAGAACUUCUUGCAGGAGGUCUUUCCUGAUGUCAAGGCUUGA